AUGGCGCCCACCGCCGCCAAAAAGCGCUCCGCCGCAGACGACGAUUUCGUCCUGACGCUCUCGGACGACGAGGAUGUCACCCAGCUCAAUGGUGCUGAGGAUGACGAUGCCGGCGACGAGUUCUCCACUUCAAAGAGCUCAACGAAGAAGCGCAAGCGGGACGGCGAGACCGAGACCGAGACCGAGAACGGACCGUCGAAGAAGGCGAACAAGAAGGUGAAAUCGCAUUCGCAAGAAAAGGAAUCAGGGAAGGCUGGGAAGAAGGAUAAGAAGGGUAAAGGCAAGGCCAAGGAGCAGGUGUCUGGUAAAGCUCCUGAGCAAGACGAGGACGAGGACGCCGAAGAAACGGAGGAGGAAGAAGAAGAGGAUGCAGGCGAGGAUGACGGCGCGCUAGACUCGGAGUUUGAGUUUGAUGUUGGUGGUGUUGCGAAUGAAGUUGUUGAAGGGUUUGACGGGUGGGGUGGUGAUGGAAAGGAUGAGGAGAAGAAGGGGGAUAAGAAGGCGGUUGAUAUUGAUGAUAUAAUUUCGAGACGGAGGGCGAAGAAGGAGGCUCAGGAUGCGAAAAAGAAGAAGAAACAGCAAGUGGAGAGUGAGAGUGAGCCAGAGGAAGAACAAGACGAUGAGGAUGUGGAUGGUAUGCCUGUGGAUUUCGAGGACGAUGAGCUACUCGCAAAGGAUGGGUUUGGAAUGGGUGCUGAUGGGGAGGAUGAGUCUGAGGCUGAAGGAGAGGGCGAAGACUCGGAGGAGGAGGAUGAUGAUGAAGAGGAGAUUGACAGCGACGAUGAGGCUGCCUCUGAUGACGACUCCGUUGCUACGCCGGUUCAACAUCCCGAUGACAUGCCCUCUGAUGAUUCCGACGCUGAAAGCGAGGUCGAUGCCGAGGAAGAAGCAAAGCGCAAGGCUUUCUUCGCCCCAGAAGAAAAAACAGAUGUGCCAGUUACCGGAGCGAAGCGAUCAUUCCAGGAAUUCAACCUCUCCCGACCGAUUCUCCGUGGUCUUGCUGCUGUGAGCUUCAGCAACCCUACACCCAUCCAACAGAAGACCAUUCCAGUUGCUCUACUCGGUAAAGAUAUUGUUGGUAGCGCCGUGACCGGUUCCGGAAAGACAGCUGCCUUCGUCGUCCCUAUUCUCGAGCGUCUUCUCUUCCGCCCUCGAAAAGUCCCAACCAGCCGCGUUGCGAUUCUCAUGCCCACCCGUGAAUUGGCGGUCCAGUGUUACAAUGUCGCUACAAAACUGGCUACGUAUACCGAUAUCACAUUCUGUCAGCUUGUCGGUGGUUUCAGUCUCCGCGAGCAAGAGAACAUCCUCAAGCGACGGCCAGAUGUAAUCAUCGCUACCCCUGGUCGUUUCAUUGACCACAUGCGCAACUCCGCAAGCUUCACAGUGGACACGCUCGAGAUUCUGGUUCUCGACGAGGCAGACCGCAUGUUGGAAGACGGUUUCGCCGACGAGUUGAACGAGAUUCUCACCACGAUUCCCAAGUCCCGCCAGACAAUGCUCUUCUCCGCUACCAUGACCGAUUCGGUUGACAAGCUGAUUCGCGUGGGACUGAACCGCCCCGUACGGCUUAUGGUUGACUCGAAGAAGAACACCGCCGUCACAUUGACCCAGGAAUUUGUCCGUUUACGACCGGGCCGCGAGGAUAAGCGCCUCGGAUACCUCCUCCAUCUCUGCAAAGAAGUUUACACAGGCCGUGUCAUUGUCUUCUUCCGACAAAAGAAGGAAGCGCAUCGUGUACGCAUUGUCUUUGGGCUGCUUGGUCUGAAAGCUGCAGAACUUCAUGGUAGCAUGAGCCAAGAACAGCGUAUCAAAUCCGUCGAAAACUUCCGAGACGGCAAGGCUGACUUCCUUCUUGCCACCGAUCUCGCCUCUCGUGGUCUCGAUAUCAAAGGUGUCGAGACAGUCAUCAACUACGAAGCCCCGCAAAGCCAUGAAAUCUACGUGCACCGUGUCGGUCGUACAGCUCGUGCCGGCCGCUCCGGUCGUGCAUGCACCAUUGCUGCAGAACCAGACCGCAAGGUCGUCAAGGCCGCCGUCAAGGCCGGCAAGUCGCAGGGUGCCAAGAUCGUCAGUCGUGUCGUUGAUACCGCUGUCGCAGAUAAGUGGGCCAGCACGGCGGAGGAGUUGGCCGAUGAAAUUGACGAAGUCAUCGAGGAGGAGAAGCUUGAGAGGCAGCUUGCGCAGGCCGAGAUGCAGGUGACGAAGAGCGAGAACCUGAUCAAGCACGAGGCGGAGAUCAAGUCAAGGCCCAAACGAACGUGGUUCGAGACGGAGCGUGAGAAGCGGGUUGCCAAGAAAACCGGCGCGACGGAGCUGAAUGGUGUAUCGAAGAAGGAUAAGGUCCGACUCAGUAACAAGGACAAGAAGCGGCUGGACGAUGCGCGACUGCGACAGGAGGGCCAGCUGGGAAGGAAGAAGAGCAAAUCUGAGCGUGAGGACCCAAAUAUUGGAAAGGCGAAGCCAGGGAAAGGGAAGGGUAAGGGCAAGGGCAAGGGCAAGGGGAGAAAAUGA